AUGAGAUUUAAAAGAUUAAGGUGCGAUUCAAUGAUUCAAACCGGGUGGAAAUGCAGAUUUGUACGGUGUUUUUCUACAAAGAAUGGCUCAAAAUUUAUACUACCCAAGAGUUAUCAAGUAAAUAAAAUAUUUUCCAAGACUCUACCGUUUAAAAAGUGUAUCAAGAUAUGGUGGAAUUCGUUAUCUGCAAAUAGACUUGCUACCAUACAAAACGAGUUGAUCGAUUUGAUGGUCCCUGAGUCAUUGGAGAAUACUGGAGUAAUGAAAGUUGCAAAACAGGUAGUAACAGACCAAAAUGGCAAUUACAUCAACGAAGUAGGGUUCAAGGUUAUUAAUGGCGAGAAUUUACCAACCAAACAUUUGGUUUUCAUACAUGGAUAUGGUGCAUCAUUAGGUUGUUUUGCGCGAAAUUUCCAAAUCAUAAAUCAGUUUAAAACAAGCACCAAGUUCAACUACCAUGUACAUUUUCUAGAUAAUAUCACAUUUGGACUUUCAUCUAACCCCAAAUUGGAGAAUAAGGCAGUUUCAUGGAAGAUCCCGCCAUGUGCAGAAAUAAAGCUUUUCGAUAAUGAAGAUCCCGAUAAGCCAAAGAGGUUAUACAAAAAGUAUUAUAAGCUAAUUGAUGGGUAUCAAUUGUGUCCAGAGAACUUUGCACGUUACCAGUCUUAUUUCAAGCCGAUUUUGGAGGAUAUGGAGUCAUUUUACUGUACGGCAAUUGAUCAAUGGAGAGAAGCUAGUAAGAUUCCACAAAUUGAUUUCUUAAUAGGACAUUCCUUUGGAGCGUACUGGUGUGGGUCAUAUGCAUUAAGAAACCCAAAUAAGAUCCGGAACCUCAUUUUAUUGUCCCCAGUUGGUUUAGAGAGACACGUUAUGGCGAUUACAAACGAUGAUAAGAUUACGAAUGCUAUAGAGAAACCCAAUUUGGACCCAACAACAUAUAAAUUUCUUAGUCGGCUCCCGAUACUAUCGCAAAGUCACAUUUUGCAAUGGUACUACAAGAUUCCAUAUUUACCUAGAUUUUUACCUUAUUUAGGCCCAUUUGGAGUGAAAAUGUAUUUCAAAAUGUGGCUUCCCAAACUUGCCAAGAUCAACAAGUUGAUUGUUAAGCACGGGGGUGCAGAGGAGAUUUUCACCAGCGGGAAUGAUUUGGUGUAUGGCUCUAAAAAGGAGAUUGAACUAAUUGUGGAAUAUUUGUACAACUCGAUAUCAAAUGGAAGUCAUAGUGACAUUUACGUUAGAUACUUGUUGACUCCUGCAACUGUGAGCAAAUGGCCCUUGUACGAUAAAUUUGUCACAGCAUUUGACUUUAACCCUGAGAGAUUCAAGUUUAAUUUUUAUUUAUUCUAUGGAGAAUAUGAUUUUAUGAAUUCUGAGGCAGGAGAGAAAUUGAUUGCAAAAUUAAAAACUCGACAGCUGCAACAACACUUUGUAUACGAUGAGAUUGCCGAAGGCGGACACAAUUUGUAUAUUGAUAAUCCUUUUGACACUAAUAGGAAAAUAUACGAGAUAGCCAUGAAGGAGGAGACUAGAGACUAA